CUUCCCAGCGGCGAGUCAGUGCCCAGUGGGCGUCCGGCUUCCUGACGCUAUCGCAACCUGCAAAAUAGACGAGGAUCAAUGGUACCAGUUAACUAAGGACCAACCUGCAAUUGUUUCGGAAGAAUUGUAAGCUGAUGUUUCUUUAGGAGGUCAGAAAAUCAUAUAAAUUAUUGGUUAAAACAAUGAAUCCGACUGGAGACGCAGCAGACUUGAAAAUGUCAUCUAAAAGGUCAGCUGAUGAACCAAUGCAAAAUGAUGAAAAAAAAAUAAAAGGUGACUCGGAAAAUGAGGCAAGCAAUGACAUUAAGGAAAAUGUGGCAAGCAAUGACAUUGAGGAAAAUGUGGCAAGCAAUGACAUUGAGGAAAAUGUGGCAAGCAAUGACAUUAAGGAAAAUGUGGCAAGCAAUGACAUUGAGGAAAAUGUGGCAAGCAAUGACAUUGAGGAAAAUGUGGCAAGCAAUGACAUUGAGGAAAAUGUGGCAAGCAAUGACAUUGAGGAAAAUGUGGCAAGCAAUGACAUUGAGGAAAAUGUGGCAAGCAAUGACAUUGAGGAAAAUGUGGCAAGCAAUGACAUUGAGGAAAAUGUGGCAAGCAAUGACAUUGAGGAAAAUGAGGCAAGCAAUGACAAUGAGGAAACAGAACCUGCUUCAAUUAAUAUUGACUACUAUGCACCCGAGUGGAUUUUCUGUAAUGAGGAGUAUACAGAUAAAGAUGGAAAGACACGAAAUAAUAAUCCAGACGGGAUGGCUGCAAAAAACCACUUUGAUUUGGUAAAAGCAUUUUACCAUAGCAGACAUCCAAGAGAAGAAAUCCAAGGAACAUACUAUGAAAUGAAUAAUUAUUUCAGAAAUGCUGGAGCAUUGCAGUUGUAUAAAAAAGAUGGAAUAACGAAGUACACCAUACCAGGUAAAGAGAGAAAGGAAUAUAAUACUAUUUCAUGUACAGUCUCGCGUUGGAAAUGUUCACUGGGUCAUACUGAAAGGAUCUUGAUGAGAGAUGUGCUGGAUGAUCUAAUUGAAGCUGAUUCUGGAAAAUCAGGUAUCCCUCCGCGGCCUAGUGACUACAAAGACGACGACAAACUACAUGAAGAUGAUUACAAAAUUUUAAAUAACUUGACAAAGAAAGCCAGUGAUUACAAACUAUAUUUAAAUAAUAAGGGUUUGAUAGUCAAGAUGUGGUCUGAGCGACGACCAUGUGAUUGGAAUGAUUGUAUAGGGGAUGAUUGUUCUACUUUUAUUCGAAAUAUAUGUCCUGAGGGCAGUCAGUGUUGUUACAUAGUUGAAGGUAAUGAUCCAACCCCAGAAAAUGUUAAAUCAGCACGCCAUGCGUUUGAUAGAUUAUUCAUCGAUUAUAUCGCUGAUCUAAUGAAAUCACAAGAAAAUGUAAAGUUUCAGUUCUAUCAACCAAACACCAUUUUCUCAUCCCAGAAUGAACCUAAAUACAUGGCUGGUCCUAGGAACAUUCGUUUAGCGUCAUCGUUUUAUUACAGCAGAUACGAUGUGAAAGGUAGGAUAAGACCCUAUGGGGGAAAUUAUUCAUUGAAUGCUGGUGCAGUACGGCUGUACAAAGAAGAUGGUUUAACGCAAGAAGGGAUUGCACAUAACAUUUUAUCAAGAGAAUGUGUUUGUGAGGAGUUGAUGACUAUGGUUUUGAAAGAUCUAAGUGAUGAAAGUAUCUAUAAUGCCCAAACAAGUGAAAAGUCUGCCGAUAAUAAAAUCAAAACCCUUAUAAAAUGCUUGAAAAGCGAUCCAAUCAAAUGCAAACAAUAUUUGGAGGAGAAGGGCUUGAUUGUCAAAAUGUGGUGUGAGCGACUACGCGUAUGCUGUGUAGAGCUCUUAAUUGACAUUUGUCCAGCUGGAAGUCAAAUCGGAUACAUAGUUGAUGAUCAUUUUGACCAUGUGAAAGAUUACAAUCAAGUAAAAGAUGCGUUUGAAACAUUUCGUUUGGCUUUUGAAGAAAAUUGCAAAUCAUCUUUGGAUUAAGUAUGAAGUGAUUCGCAGAACGAUUGACUGAUUUUCAGGUACAACUAGAUAUUGCAGUUCUUUCACCUACUAUGAGUAUCAAUAGAAGAUUCAAAAAGAAGAUUUAGAAUCGGACUUUGGAAGAACUCUAAAUUCUAUUGGACUUAUUUGAUUACGUGUAAAACUAAAAUUUGAGAUGCUGCCGGGGUUUAGUCAAAUAUCUCUAAAAGCAUAAAUUGUUUGUAUUUCUUUUUAAUCCGAAGAAUAUUAUUUUGAUAAUUUGCACUUAAGACAAUAACAGCUGAUUUCAAUGAUAAGUCUUUUACUUUAUCCCCCUAUAAAACCCAUAAAAUAACGGAAAAAUGGGAUUUCUCGAAAAUGGCCUGAACAAAUUUGAUAAAAAUGUAGUAUGUUUUAGUCCUUUAAAUUACCUGAUAAAAAAUAUAUACGUCUAAUAACACUUGUAAAGCAAGUUUACAAGUAUUAUUAGACGUAUAUAUUUGUUUGUUUUUCAGAUAAUUCAAUAACACGUACGAUGCUGAUCAAGAAGUUAUUACUUUAAAUUCUGAACAAAAUGGUACAAAUCCCAUUUCCGUUAAAAUUACGGUUUCUAAGUUAUUGCAACUUAUGCUAUAUUCCCAUAAAAACCUCAUAAAAUUACAAAUAUCAAAAUUGAAUAAAAAUUAGUAAAUUCUUUAAUUUUUGAACAAAAUUUUACAAAUCCCAUUUCCAUAAAAAUUAAGUCGGGGUUUCCUAGGCGCGGAAGUGGAGAGCGGACUCCACUUAUCUUAGGUAAUUUAAUGUUACUGUUUUCCUAGAAGCGGAGCGGAACACCAUGUUAAUCUCUUUUCCACUCUCCACGUUCCUCUCUCCGCUUCCGCUCCUAGGAAAACCCAGUUUUACGUUUCCAAAGUAAUUGUAACUUAUGUUAUCUUCCCAUAAAACCCCGAUAAAACAAAAAAUCAGAUUUUAGGAAAAAAGCCGGUUUUGAUUAAAAUUAAUAUGUUAUAGUCCUUAUAAUUCUAAACAAAAUAGUGCAACAAGUAAGAGAUUGCUGUAACAAUUACGGUUCAAAGGUUAUUGCAACUCUGAUGAAUUUCCCUAUAAAAUAUUAUAGUUACUCCCACCGCUUACUCUUUCUAAUGGUUGUUGGAAAGCUUAUGGGAGAAAGUAUGUGUCAGAUUGCUGAUACCAUUUAUUUUUUUUUCUUUUAAGUGAAAUACAAGUUCAAAUGGCCUGAACAAAUUUAUGUUACUCUCCGAAUAUGCAUUGCAUAAAGCUAAUUUUUUUUUGUAUUAGUAGAACAUACCAAGGAAACUGUUAGCUCUGAUUACUUAAAGAAUUCGAACAAGCGAGCAAAAAGUACUCUAAGGCUAUAUCUUUAAUACCUUGUUUAUCUUUAAUACCUUGUUGGAUUAUUUUAGAUGGUUUUUGCAAUACAUCAAGUAAUAUGUCAUUUACUAUUGUUUACAACCAUACGAAAAUGGUGUUAUCGUUACAGUUGGUGAUGUUUUAGUGAAUUCAAGCAAAACAUUGUAAUGUUAUUUAUAUCAAUUGUAAAUAAGAUAAUGAAUUAGAUUAUGUGUUUUCAUAGUAUGUUUUAUUGAUGUAACAGUAUAUAUCAUAUAAUAUGCGUUUUCAAGUAAAACAUUGUAAUGUUAUUUGUUUAAAAUGUAAAGAAGAAAAUGGCUUGGGUUAUAUUUUGUGGAAAUUAAGGGCUAUGGCUAAAAUAUCGUACUUAUGUAAAGAUUUAUUUUUUAUUUUUAGCGAUUUUCCCAUAUAGGGAAUAAGCUAUUAUCGUAGGUCUCAUGGUAAGACCUAGACCCGGGACCGAUUUACUUUUUCGUUUUGAGGUCCCCAGAGGCCAAAAACACCAUCCGUUCAAAUUCAUAUAUAUCCCCUUAGUCAAUACAAAGCUAAGGUAGUAUGCGGAUUAUAUAUAAUUUUAAAUACAAUUAUUAGAUUGUGAGGCCAUUGAAAUCGGUAUAUUACAGAUUGAGUACCCGUUUAAAGGUUUGCUUAAGUUUGCUUGUUUGUUUAAGUGCUUUGUCAAUGUUUUUCCUUCCUUGGCUGGACAGAAUUUGUUUAAAUUAAACAGGAACUAACUAUUAUGUAAUACAUUUUUUUUGUACUAUUCAAUUUGUCAGAAAUUAUAUUUGUAAUUCAAUACAAGUAUUUUAAAGAUUAUGUUCUUAAUUUUUAAAAUAUAGUCAUUAAAUUUGUACGGUAAUAUAUGUAUUGUGUUUUAUCUUUCUUAAGUUUGAAUUGCACUAUUUGUUUACCAUAUUACCAUGAUUAUGUUUCAAAAAUAUACAACUGAUUUCUCUCUUACUCUUAUA